UUGGAUCCAGUAAAAAAAUUUGUAGAAAUGUAUGAGGAUUUUUGGAGCUUCAAAUGUCCAAUAUGUCCAUUUACUUAGCAACAACCUUAAAAGCGGCAAAGUUGUGCUAUUCCGCAGUAUUUUGAUGACGUCACAGUUCAGAACUCGUUCUAACCGCAGUAUGAAUGACAGAGCUCUGAGGUCGAGAGUGAUGCUUUUGUUAGCACAUCUUUCCGACUUUCGUCAUUUCUUUAUUAACUCGCCAACGCUACAUGUUACUCUUCACGCUUACUUCCUGUGUCGAUCCUGCACUGCUGUCAUACUGCGCUGCACGUACCACGAGAUUCUUCAGUAUGGGGUCCCUGUGGUUACGCGUUGAGAUGUUCAGAUCGAUUUAGUAUAGUUUUGCCUCGUAAAGAAGUUGGAAAGUUCUACAAUUUGUUCAAAUUGCGACAUUUACCCUCAAUACUAUUGAGUACGAUGAAGUUCUACUAUUGGUUCCGUAUUCGAUCCAAGAGUACUUUUUCGUGGUUCUUCACCGUUGUCCUUCUUCUCGCCAUUUGUCGAUCAGUCAACGCCAGAGCGGUCGAUGAAUCACAAAAUUUUGUACUUUUGAUCUCAUAUGACGGAUUUCGCUACGAUUACCUUGAGAAAUACAGAGAUAGUUUGCCUACACUUACAAAGAUCGCUCAAGCAGGUUCAAAACCCGAUUACGUACAAAAUGUAUUUCCUGGCGAAACACUUCCAAAUCAUUACUCGAUUGUGACAGGACUGUAUCCUGAAAGUCAUGGAAUUAUUGCCAACAACAUUUACGAUCCUGUCUUUAAUGCUAGCUUUACAAUGAUGACGAAUGACUCGAGAUGGUGGGACAGUGGGGAACCUAUUUGGGUGACUAACGAGAAACAAGGACACAAGAGUGGGAACUGUUUCUGGCCAGGUUAUGACGUGAAGAUCAAAGGACAGGAAGUGUCACUCCUACCUAACAGCAGCUAUGGAAAGCCGUUUGCAGAAAACGAAAAUCUCAUGCCAUGGAAGGAUCGCGUGGACUUGGUUGUUGGUUGGUUUAACAAAUCAGACCCACCUUCAUUUGUGAGUCUCUAUUUUGAAGAGCCUGAUGAAGUGGGUCACGUACAUGGCACAAACUCACCACAGUUGGCGAAAUGUCUAAGCAGAUUGGAUGAUGUUACAAUCUACCUUAUGCAAAGUUUGAAAAAGUUGGAUGUGUUUGAUAGGAUUAACUUUAUCUUUACAUCAGAUCAUGGUAUGAUUGAUUACAACACCAGCAAUUACAUAAACAUUGAUAAGUAUGUUGACCCAGAAUCCUACAUCUUUUGGACAUGUGGCUCGACAAAAUUUCUGAUCACAAAUUCUAGUUCUACUACUCUGGAAAGUCUCUACAAAGAUUUUAAAACUGCAGAAAAAGAAACUAAAGGUUUAAUCAAAGUUUAUAAAAAACAAAAAAUUCCUGAGAAGUUUCACUACAGCCACAACCGACGCAUUGCAGAUAUCGUUGUGAUGGUCACCCCCCAGUAUAUAUUGAAUGCGUCAAAAUGUGGACACUCAACGAAGUUCCCAAACGUAACCUAUGGGGCUCAUGGGUACAGCCCAUUUUUUCCAUCAAUGCAUCCAUAUCUAAUUGCAUAUGGACCUGCCUUUAAACAAGGAUACAGGCCUGGAGUAAUAGACAUUUUAGACUUGUAUCCAUUGAUGUGUCAUAUAUUAGAUAUUAAACCUGCUGCUAACAAUGGUAGCUUAGAUCGGAUUAGACAUGUUCUACGUUCAGGCUGGAUUCAAACUCAUUCAAAGGAGUUAAUCGCCUUAGGAAUUGGGAGUGUCAUUCUAAUAUUAGCUUGUAUCCUAGCAACAGUUAUUGUAUGGAAAAGGGUCAAGAGAAAGCUUGCUGGACGUCCUGUUAGAUUUAACAGGAAUAUGGCUGAAUGGGAUCAACCACUAAUGGACAGUGAUGAAGAGGAUGGGGAAAUUAUUGUCAUGUGAAUGUGUUCAUUGUUUGGACCACUGGAAGAGGAUGGUAUAGAAAUGUGGUAGUGAAAUAUAUAUGGUGUAGUUCCCGAGAAUAUCCAUACCCCCACCACGGUGGGAAUUUGUAAAAGGACCCCAUUAUCCCAGGAACUUCCACUUUUCUUCCAUACAAACUGUGUAAAUUUGUUCUUUCUCUGACCUCCCUCCCCUCCAGAACUUCCGAUUUCCUCCAAGGGUGGGGUAUGGAUAUUUUCUGGAAUUACACAUUUUCACUUUUGUAUUGGGAAAUAAUAAAUUUGGCACAUUUGAUCAAGUUCACAUGUGAAUUUGUGUCAUAUGAAUCAUAAAUUAUUAUCAUUAUAAUUCUAUAAGAUAUUGUGAGGGGGAGGGGGUAGGGGAUUGCUGAAGCACCGUCACUUUUUCUGAAGAGAAAUAUUUUUUAUAGAACGAUAAUACUAAUUAUUAGUACAGGAAAUUGCACGAUCUUAUUUAAAUUAAUUAUUUAACUUAAUUGGGACUCUACAGUGUACAAUUUGGGAUUUAAUUUUACUCCUCUUGUCCAAUCAGAAUUGAGUAAUUUUGUUGAGUGUAAUAUAAACACCUAAACAUGGUUGACAAUGCAAAUUUGUAAGUUUGUGAUGUGAGGCUAAAUUAGUACAAGGGUUUGCCUGAGAUUGGAUUUGAACCCCAAAUACACACACACUAUCAAAAUCACUUUUCUAUUCCUACUUCAGAGACACAAAUAUGCAUGCACAUGCUUAUCUUGAAACUAUUGCACCAUAAGUUUCUAGAUUGGGUUAUUUUAUCUUUGUAAAAUUUAAAAAAAUGAGUGUAGUCAGUUCAUUAACAACACCACUUUUUACCUUUAGAAUCUCUUUUUUUUCCCUCGUAAAAAAUAUUUAUUACACAAGUAAAUAAAUGAGGGCCUUUUUUUUACUCUUUGUUUCCCAAAGUUGGGAAACGAAGAGAAAAAAAUUGUAAAAGUUUCAACUCUUCUCUCUUGACUCUUCUCAAAAGUAUUGCAGAUGCAAGGCUAAACUGAACAUUCAAAAGAAAUCAGACUUUUUCUUGAUAGACUUUGUGGUAUUUCUUUUAUUAUUAUUUUGAGAAGGGUCCAUUUCACAAGCAAAAUAAAUGAUCUCUAUCUGAUGAUGAUCAGUGGAUUCUGAUUCAAAUGUUAAAAUAAUAAACACUUGUACGAAUAUAUUUUAUAAUAUUUUGCGCUACCAACGUUACAACUUAAUUUUGUUCAUUGUAAAAUAAAUCUUUCAAGUCACCUGAAGCUGAAUACUUUUUAAUUGGAAAUCAUGACCCAGUAGUACACCAUAAGAGGAACUAAAAUCCAGAAGAGCAGACUAGUUUUAGUUUUAGCACCAGCAGACUGGGGAGGUGAGACAUUGUCCACCACUGAUGGUAUGGUUUGGUUCAAGUUUGAUAUUUCAUCAAUAUUUGCUGUGGAAAUAUAGAAUUUUGAAAUACAUGAUUAACAAAAACCAA